ACUCAGCCAUUCUAGCUUUACAAUAUGGCUGAAUUUGCAGCCCAUUUGAACCAAGGCACUUUGAACGCUCAACCUACAAUAUUUGAGAUUAUUGCCCAAGAAUCUAUGGCAUCAGUACUAAGACCAGCUGUUACUUAUGCGUUGAAAGUGCUAGCGAGUUCUAAUCCUGACAAAUGGGGCUGGAUUUGGCGUUUUGGAGACGAACUUCACCUUUUUUUUGAUUACGUUGUUCAGAAUCACUAUUUAAAGAUCUACAGAGGUUCCAUAUCUGAACAUUUCUAUGGGCUCAAAAGAGUAAGCAGAACCCCUAAUCAUGAUGGUGAUGAUAAACUAUCAAGUGUGCAGAGAUAUUUGUCACUAGUGAUGUUAGUGGUACUUCCAUAUGCUAAACUCAAACUUGAUCAGCUGUUUGAAAGAUUACGAGAGGAACGCGUCACUGGUUCAUUGUCCUCCCUUCCAGUCCGAAAGCGGUUGUAUUUUCUCCAACUCAAGAGAAUAUUUAUUUACCUGUAUCCCUACUUGCAUUGCACGUGGGAAUUGAUGUGUUUGUGUUAUUACUUGCUGUAUAUCUUCAAGAUCUCCGGAGUCCAUUCACCUGUACUUCAUAUUGUGGGAAUCUCAUUAAAAAGAUUCACAAAACGAGACAUUGUCACGCACAAUCUGCAGAGAAAUCUUCCCACUGUUCCUAACCAACAGACUCUUGGUAAACAAAUACUGGCAAUUCCAAGCUCAGCUCUAAAGCUGCUAUCAUCAGUGUUAGCCAAUGGUCUUCCUGUUGUUGUGUUUUCACUUAAAUUCCUAGAGUGGUGGUAUUCAAGUGACAAUAGAAGUGCUGUUCAUUCAGUAAUGCAAUUGCCAGUUCCCCCUCCACCAGCCCGGCCUAAGCCUGCCCAAUAUGGUGUCCAACUUCCACCACACCCAGCUCAGUGUCCACUGUGUAACAAAGUUCGCACAAAUCCUACAGCACUGUCUUCUUCUGGUUACGUGUUCUGCUACCCUUGUAUCCACAAAUACCUCAAUCAACAUGGAUGUUGUCCUGUCACUCAUUUACCAAGUGCAACAAAGCAACUUGUCAGACUUUAUGUUGAUGAUGUAAACUAGAAAACAUGACAGUUUUUCACUGAGUGAAAUAAUUUUCUUCUUAUAGAAUUUUGGGAAUUUAUUCAGGUGACUAACUAACUAGUCUCAAUCAUAAUUAAGGACUGGAACAGGUUUUUUCUCCAUGCUGUUCUCCUUGCAUUUUUUAAAAUACUGAUUAGGAGUUUCCUUUGUUGGUUGUCCACCAACAAAAAUUUCCACAAAUUCUAGACAGUCACUUAAAAGUUUGGUUCCUUUCUCUUGUUUGGCAGUCAAGAACAAACAAAGUGGUUGUCUAGGAAAUGCCUUUUGUUCUUCCCACACCAGUGUUUAGCUUGGUUCUCAUAUGCUGUAAGCAUAACUGGGAUUGCACUUGGUACUUGGCUUCCAUAAAGGGUUGCCAACACAACAAAAUUGCUGCAAAAUGCAAAUUAAACAGGGUUUUUCAGUAAUCUCCAGUGACUGAGAGCCAGGUUAGCUAGGUGCUCAAUCUUUUUUCGAGACAAUGACAGUUCAUUCCACCCUUUCAGACAUGGUUGUAAGCUAAAAUUCCCCUUUAUUCAAUCAAUUUUAGUUUUCAUGAGGCAUUAAUAGUUUAAUUAAAGUAUUGUGCAGAAUGAUCUAUUUUCUCUGAUCUUAGUGUACCAUGGAGAAAGUUCUUGCCCACUCUCCAAAGAUAUGUUUGAGGACUCUGAUAUCUAGAAUGUUCACCAGGUAGCUAUUGCAGUUAGAAAAAAAGAUGUUUUCCCCUUUUUUUAACUUUGUCCUAUCAGUGUCAAGAUUUAUCACUGACAGUACUUUGACUUGCUGAGGCAGAUGACACGCUAAUUGGGUAAAAUGUUUUACCAGGUUCAAGAGGAGUAGAAUACUCGAAAACUCUUAAUUUUAUUGAUCAUUUGAAAAUUG